CAUGAUUUGUCGGUGGCUGCCAUGGUGGCUGCACGGUGAAAUCCAUGCCGACAGGAGUAUAACAUGAAAAUACCCAACUUUUGAAUGUUGUCGCCUUACAGCGUGGCCACAGUAAACCCACGGCACCAUGGUGAAGUAUUACUGCUGCGCAGGUAUGCUCAAAAGCAGCUGGGACCAAGUCUGUGUUGCUUUCUGGCAACGAUAUCCCAACCCUUACAGUAACCAUGUUUUGACUGAAGACAUAAUUUUCCGAGAGGUUACUCCAACAAACUGCCUCGUUUCCAGACGUCUCUUGACCAAAACGAGCCGAUCACCUCGCUGGAUGGAGCCCUACCUUCCAAAGCAAAUGUCCAGCUCGGCAUAUAUCAUCGAGGACUCUAUUGUGGACCCUCAGAAAAGGACCAUGACCACCCUCACAUGGAACAUCAGCCACGCUCGACUCAUGUCGGUUGAAGAGCGGUGCAAGUACUAUAUUAACCCUGAAAAUGGCAGCUGCACUGAGAUAAAGAGAGAAGCUUGGAUCUCUACCACCAUCUAUGGGCUGUCAAGAGCUGUUCAGGAAUUUGGUCUUAGAAGGUUCAAGAACAGUGUAACAAAGACCAUGAAGGGCUUUGAAUACGUGUUGGCCAAAAUGCAAGGUGAAACUCCAUCAAAAACCUUAACAGAGACGGCUACGGAGCGAGCGAGAGAGACGGCCCUGGCAGCUAAGGAGAAAGCCAAAGAUCUGGCCUCCCAGGCUCAGAAGAAACAGUAUGUGUGAUGUGUCGAUCACCGGUUCUUUACCACUGAUACUAAGACAGAUUUAUCUAUACCCUUUUGUUUAGUCGAGCAUUGGGGUAAGACAAACUGAUCCCGGGUCAUUGGGUAGACACCUGACCUCUAUGAGGAAGCAUCGUAAAUGGUGGGUGGACCAUAAAAGGGCCUGAGCUGGGUUCAAGAGCCUGUUCCAGCCUCCUAAAAUAUAUUGUACUUUUGAUACCAGAUCAUCUCAGUAUUUACCGUAGAUAGAGAUCUCAGAGGAACGGCUGCAUAUGGCUCCAGGUGCCAUAAAACAAUAAUAGCACUUUGCCAACCUUGAUGCCGUUCAUCAGACCUUUGCUCAACCUCUGUGCCCUUCAUCAACGUUUACUUUUUGUUCUGUUCCUGUUAGUCCGUCAUGUUGUUUUCUAAGAGCUUUGUAUUAUUAACAGCUUUUGUUCUCAUGCUAAGAUUAGCAUACCACAAGAUCUAAUUCAUGUGUAUGAUUUACGUUUUAUGUUUCUCCACAAUCAUGUUAUCUAUUAAUUUAGUUGAGUUCACCCAACCACACCUUAAUCAUCUUAAACCUGAUUACUUCAAGUUGAAGUGCAUUAACUGGAGAAAGGUCCUUAUAGCUUGAUAAGAAAUACUCCCUUGUGGCAGUAUCUGGUUGCCGUGGACAUCAGUGUCUUCGCCUGAAUUUCAAAUGCGUGUACAAAGGCAAACAUGUUACCUUGUUUUGUGCAUUCAGUUUAGGUGUGAUGAUACAACCCAUAUCAGCUCGCUUACUGUGUUGAUUCAAUAUCAACUUGUCAAUAAAUGGACUGUUCCUAUGUAACCAU